AUGAAUUCUGACUCCAGCUCGGUCUCCAGCAGAGCUUCCUCGCCAGACAUGGAGGAGAUGUACCUGAGAGACCACCACCACCAUCACCACCACCACCACCACCACUCGGUGUCCUCCACCCAGAGUGAGGUGGGCCAGAAGGGCUCGGGCAGCGAGGGCCUGGCCCGGAGCGGCUCCAAGGGCUCCUCGGGCGAGAGCAGCAAGUACAAGAUCAAGAAGCAGCUCUCCGAGCAGGACCUGCAGCAGCUGCGGCUGAAGAUCAACGGGCGGGAGCGCAAGAGGAUGCACGACCUGAACCUGGCCAUGGACGGGCUGCGCGAAGUGAUGCCCUACGCCCACGGGCCCUCGGUGCGGAAGCUCUCCAAGAUCGCCACCCUCCUGCUGGCCCGAAACUACAUCCUGAUGCUCACCAGCUCCUUGGAGGAGAUGAAGAGGCUGGUGGGCGAGAUCUACGGGGGGCACCACUCCGCCUUCCACUGCGGGACUGUGACCCACGCGGCCGGGCACCCGGCCCACGCCCCCAGCGCCGUCCACCCGGUCCACCCCAUCCUCGGCAGUGCCUUGUCCUCGGCCAACAACUCCUCCCCGCUCUCCGCCUCCUUGCCCGGGAUCGGCUCCAUCCGGCCCCCCCACACCCUGCUCAAGGCCCCCGCCACCCCUCCGGCCCUCCAGCUCGGGGGAGGCUUCCAGCACUGGGCCGGCUUGCCUUGCCCGUGCAGCAUUUGCCAGAUGCCCCCUCCGCCUCACCUCUCUGCCCUCACCACGACCACCAGCCUGGCCCGGCUCGCGACAGAGACCAAGGACUUACUCAAGUGA